AUGAAGGGAUCUUUUAAAAAUGAUUAAAAUAUAUAACAACAUAUUGAUGCAUCUAUUAAUUUAAAUUCAGAUAAAAGUGAAAUAAUAAUAAAAUAAAAUAAAAUUACUAAAACUAUUAAGAAUUUUAUUGGAUAAACUUUUAUCUCUUAAUUUAUUGUAUUGCAUCCAUCAAAAACAUAAUUAAUGAAUAUUGAUGUAUAUCAAGAUUUAAUGAGUUACACAGCAAAUUUUGUUAACUAAUAAGAUGUGAAUUUAAUAAUUUUUUAAUAAAAUGGCAAUUAACUUAAUUAAAAUAGACUACCUAAUUAUAUAUUAAAGCAUUCAAUAGUGAUUGAAUCAAAUUAGAAAAAAUAGGAAUAAAUCUUAGAAUCAAUUGGAGAUAUAUUAAUAAAUAUUGGAGAAAAAAUUGAAAAAAUAAUCAUUAAUGCAUAUUAAAAUGGAGAUCAUAAUUUAGACAGCGAACUUUAAGCUGUAAUAAAUCAAUAUCAGCAAGUAAUUCAGAAUAUUGAAUGA